AUGAAAACAAGUAUAAUCAUUGCAAUCGUUUUGAGUGUAUUGGCAGCAAGUAUGGUUCUUGCAAACCCAGCUCCUGCUCCUUCCAAGAAGGUUGAUACCUAUUCUGAUCAUCAAGAGUAUUGCUACAACAAGUGUACUCACUACAAGACUAUCCAAGGUAAAUGUGUUGAUUAUGAAUGGGUUGGUACCAAGAAAGAGUGCUGCGAUUGGAAGACUGUUGGAAAGGGUAAAUGUUUGGAAUAUAAGAAGACUCACAAGUGUGACAAGUACAGCAAAGCUGAAAAGAUUUGUUUGGGUCACGGUUAUAAGCAAUUCUGUUCAAAGGUUACUAAGCACAAGAUUUGUGCCAAAUAUGAAUGGAAGGAAUUGUGCAAACACCACGGAAAGAAUAAUGCUUGUGAUGAAUAUGCUUAUCAUUUCAUUUGUACCAAGUAUGACAAGUCAUCAAGAUGUGCUGCUGAAACCUACGUUCCAAAGAUUAAGUAUUUCCAUAAGAAGAGAUGUGCCAAAUACUCUGUUCAUCAAUAUUGUGCCAAAUAUAAGAAACUCUCAAGAACUGUUGCUAAAUGGGUUCCAGUCAGUAAGAAACAUUACAAGGGUUGGAUCGAUCAUUACUAUAAGCAAGUUUUGGAAAAGAAGCAUCGUACCAUUUGUGUUGAAUAUGCCAAGAAGAAGACCUGUACCAAAUAUGAAAACGUCAAGUUUGCCAAGAAGAUUGGUUAUGAAAAGAAAUGUGUUAAGGUUGUCCAAAGAAAGUAUUGCGUUGCCAAGCAAAAGACCAAGUUCUGUACCAAGUGGACUCCAAGCAAAUUCUGUGAUCUCAAAGAAAAGGUUAGAGUUUGUAAGGCUUACAAAGAAGAUAAGUUCUGUUGUGACUAUGUUGCCAAGCCAUAUUGUACUCAAUACAAGACAUUGAAGCCAAGAUGUAUUAAGAGAUCAUUCAAGAAGCAUUGUGUCAAGAAGUCACCAGGUCAAAAGAUCUGUGUCAAGUACAACUUUGUUGGAGGUAAGAGAGUCUGUAGAAAGCACGCUGAUAAGAGUGUCUGUGCUAAGAAGAAGAGAGUUUGUACUAAGGUUGAUACCUACAAGCCACCAAAGAAGACCGAUACUUAUAAGCCACCAAAGAAGGUUGACACUUACAAGAAGCCAGUCGAUACCUAUAAGAAGCCAGUUGAUACCUACAAGCAAUAA